AAAAUAUUUGUAAGGUUAUAUCUACGUCUUUUUUUAUUAUUCAAAAUUGCAACAUGUUUAAAAAACCGAUUAAAGUAAAAAGUAAUACUCAAACUAAAGGCACAGAAAGGAGGAAUUUUAGAGAUUCAAUUUUAAAAGCUUUUCCGAACUUAACAGAAAACGAUGUUAACGAAUUACUACCAAAAAAAGAACCUCUAAAUAUUUUAAAAGUAGUAACUCAUAACGAUAUAGUGUUAAAUGUUUAUACAGUCCAAAAACGACCAAUAUUUUUCGAAUUAGACAGCAAAUUAUUUCCCACUCUGUUUCUGUUAUGGAAAUUUCCCGAAAUUAUUUACGCCUUCACGACACACCUGCAAGUAAUGGAUUUUAUAACAUCCGGGGCCGAUCUUAUGUUACCAGGUGUUGUUACUCCUAACGUGCAAACGGGAUUACCAAAAUAUGGGAAUGUUUGUGAAAACGAUGUCGUGUAUGUUAAUUUAUUGAAUAAUAUAGCGGCCGUUGCAGUCGGUGUGGCUAGUCAAAGUUCGGGAGCUAUGUUAUUAGCGAAUUGUAAGGGGAAGUGUGUAAGAAUACAUCAUUUUUACGGUGAUCAUUUGUGUACUUUGGAAGGUAUGCCAAAAUUACUUUUACCCAAUUUCGGAGCUCCCAAAUGGCUUCAAUUGAAUAAUUACGAAGACGAUUUUCCCGCUCUCGGUACUAAUGAAAAAAUUAACGAUAAAAAUGAUGAAAAAUCUGAUGAAAAUCAUGAAGAAAAUGUUGAUAUUAUAGAAAAUGAAUCUGGUAAAGAUUCGUUAGAUGAUAUGGACGAACUUUUAAUGCAUUGUUUUUUGGGCGCUAUCAAGUAUUCCAAGGACGUAAAUUUGCCGGUUUUAACCUCAAAUUUUUUUAAAUUGAAUAUGCUCCCUAUAUGUCCCUCCGAUAAGAAUUUGGAUAUCAAGAAGACUUCUUAUAAGAAAUUGAAACCAUUCUUGAAGAAAAUGGCCGAUGAUGGACUUAUUAUAGUGAAAGAAGUUAAAUCUGGCGUCGAAACGAUAACGUUUAUAAAUAAAGAUCACCCGAAAUGUCAGGCUUUUUAUAUACCCCCCCAAAACAGACAAAAAAAAGAAUCUGAAACCGAAUCAUCGUCACAUACAAAUAUUAUCGAAUCUUUUGUUGUCACACAGCCUGUGACAUCGUUAUUUGAGGGAUAUAGAAAAGGCGAUAUAAUACAAUUGACCGAAGUGCGUAAAUUUCUAACUAAAUACGUAAAAGAACAUAAUUUACAAAACGAAGAUAAUAAUAGACUAGUUAAUCCCAAUGAAGUAUUAGCAAACAUUUGUAAAACCGAACAUCCUGUAGCUUGGGAAGAAGCCAUAGAAAAAAUUUGUUCUGCAAUGAAAAAUUGUUAUAAGGUAAAAUCCGGCAACGAGGAAAUUCAAGGGAAAGGGAAAAUAUCGCCGAUUACACUUUCCGUUUCAGUGCGUUCUGGUAAUAAAAAGGUGACUCUUAUUGAUAAUUUGGAAUUAUUUGGUAUCAGAGUUACUGAUUUUGCGAAAGAAUGUCAACAUGGUGUAGCUGCGAGUACGAGUAUAAGUAGACCACCUGGUAAAAAGUGUGAUCAACUUUUAGUCCAAGGGAAUCAAGUACUUUUUGUUUAUAAUCUAUUAACAGAUAAAUACAAAGUGCCAAAGAAAUAUAUCAAGGGGCUCGAAAACGCUCCAAAAAAGAAAAAAUAAUUAGCGUUAUACAUAAAAUAUAAUUAAAUA